AUGCGGACCAAGUUCGAGGAGUUUCGACUUUGCGAAGGGGAUUGGAAAGUCCAUGCUUUUGCCACGGUGCGAUAUCCCGAUUGGUUGGAGGACGUUCGUGCGCAGCCCUCCAUUGUCAAGAGAAAAGCACCUGAAGAUGAGGGAAUUGCGAAGAAAAAGAAAAAAACGAAGCAGGAUGUUAACGCACCACCUCCCACUGACACAAAUGUCAUUGACCUCGCUAUAGAAGAACCCUGGAACCCAGACCCAAAGAUGCUGGCUCGCACUUCCUCCCCUGUCUGCACCCCAAGUCAACCUCACCUUUCGUCGGUGAGCGCAAAGUCUUCCGCACCCACAAGGGUCGGAACGGUCCAGUGCAGGUCCCUCAACGUGCACCAUCACCCCCCUAAACAUGCGCCAUCACCCACUCAACUUGCGCCGUCACCCCCUCAAGGCAGUGUACCCAACCCUCGAAACAACACAGUCCCGCAACACGAUUCAAACACCUCAUUGGUCCUGCCACAGGUUCAAAUCAACAAAGAGCCAACCUCAACUCUUUGCAGUGAUCACCUGUCACGGCGAUCUCCUCAGCCUGAUGACGAGCAGGCCCUGCCGGUCCCGCCUGUCCUUGACAAGAUAGCCAAUAUCGCCCGCGCAGGUGACGGCGCUGAUGAGGGGGACUUGUUCGCCCAACUGAUUAUCCCACCACCCCUCGUCCAGGUCCCUCACACCACUGAUCCCACAACUACGAAGCCUAAAAGGGGGAAGGCCAUGGAACCAUCCAAAGCAAUCACUUCACAGAACCUUUUCGCAAUUGACUACCUUCAAGAACAUCCUGAUACAACAAAGGCCAAGUUCAAAAAGGUUUUCGAUGCUCUCGACGACACUACAAAACAGAAAUACGACGCGCUUGCCAAGCAGAAGAAAUCAGAGGAGGUCUUAGCAAAGAAGUUGGCCCGUAGCGAUCCGAAAUAA